CGCGCCUGCGCCGCCCGGGCGUUGCUGGGAUGGCGAUGGCGUCGCCGGGCCCGCCGGCCCGCUCCCAGCUGCUUCCCGCGGCGUCCGGGCCCCGGAGGAAGCGCGCAGCCAGCGAGGCUGGGGCUGCGACGGGCCGGCAGCGGGUCCUGGACGAAGAGGAGUACAUUGAGGGCCUCCAGACGGUCAUCCAGAGGGACUUCUUUCCCGACGUGGAGAAGCUGCAGGCACAGAAGGAGUAUCUGGAGGCCGAGGAGAAUGGAGACCUGGAGCGGAUGCGCCAAAUUGCCAUCAAGUUUGGCUCCGCCCUGGGCAAGGCCUCCCGAGAGCCCCCGCCACCCUAUGUCACGCCAGCCACGUUUGAAACCCCUGAGCUGCACACAGGCCCCAGCAUGGUGGGCGGCAAGGCCAGGGCCCGGGGCCGUGGCCUGGAGGACGGUGACGGAGAGGCUGCGGAAGAGGCGGCGGCGGAGCCCCUGCCCAGCCUGGACGUUUUCCUGAGCCGGUACACCAGUGAGGACAACGCCUCCUUCCGGGAGAUCAUGGAGGUGGCCAAGGAGAGGGGCCGGGCGCGCCACGCGUGGCUCUACCAGGCCGAGGAGGAGUUUGAGAAGAGGCAGAAGGACAGUCUCGCCCUCCCGUCGGCCGAGCAGCAGGCGGUCGAGAGCAGCCAGGCCGGAGUGGAGACCUGGAAGUACAAGGCCAAGAACUCUCUCAUGUACUACCCGGAGGGCGUCCCCGAUGAUGAGCAGCUGUUCAAGAAGCCGCGGCAGGUGGUGCAUAAGAACACCCGCUUCCUCAGGGAUCCCUUCAGCCAGGCCCUCAGCAGGUCGCAGCUGCAGCAGGCAGCCGCCCUCAACGCGCAGCACAAACAGGGCAAGGUGGGUCCGGACGGCAAGGAGCUCAUCCCGCACGAGUCUCCCCGAGUGGGCGGCUUCGGAUUCGUCGCCACGCCUUCUCCCGCCCCUGGUGUGAACGAGUCCCCGCUGAUGACCUGGGGGGAAGUCGAGAACACGCCCUUGAGGGUGGAAGGGUCAGACACGCCCUACGUGGACAGGACGCCGGGGCCAGCCUUCAAGAUCCUGGAGCCAGGCCGCAGGGAGCGGCUGGGCCUGAAGAUGGCCAAUGAGGCCGCCGCCAAGAACCGGGCCAAGAAGCAGGAGGCCCUGCGGAGGGUGACGGAGAGCCUGGCCAGCCUCACCCCCAAGGGCCUGAGCCCCGCCAUGUCCCCAGCCCUGCAGCGCCUGGUGAGCAGGACGGCCAGCAAGUACACGGACCGAGCCCUGCGGGCCAGCUACACCCCGUCCCCCGCCCGCGCCAGCCACCUCAAAACCCCGGCCAGCGGGCCCCAGACCCCGACGAGCACACCAGCCCCCGGCUCGGCGACACGCACCCCGCUCAGCCAGGACCCAGCCUGUAUCACGGACAACUUGCUACAGCUUCCUGCCCGGCGCAAGGCCUCAGACUUCUUCUAAGGCUGGGCCCGGAGCUCCACAGAACCUGCAGGGCAGCUCUCCGCCCAGCACGGGACUCCGGCUUUCCAGGGUGCUGGGCCUGCCCGGCCGACACCCUGUUCUGUAGAACACUGCCCGCUCUACCUGUCACUAAAGAGAGCCUCUGGCCAGACAGGGCUGCUUCUCUGCCCCAAGGCCACCCUUGUGCCUGCGUCGCCCGCUCAGGGCCGCUGGGCGGUAACCUCUGCAGCUGGGGUGUCCAGGCUUUCCUGCGUGGCAUCCAGUGGCGCCGACGAGGCAGGGGGCCUGCCUUCUAAGCUGAGUCGGCCCCUCGUUUUCCUGUGACCCCUACUUCCGUUCCCCUCGGGGGUCAGAGCCCUCAGCCAUCAGGCCUGCAGGUCCACAGGCUCCCUGGCUGGGCCAGGCCUGCAGGAGGCCCUUCCCAGUGGCCUCAGCUGUCACCUCCUGAGUGCCUGACUUCCACCCGGGGCAGGGCUGACCCCGCCCCCUUGCUCCUCUGCCGGGGCCAGCUCCCCAGGAAGUGGGCUGGGUCCCAGCAGGCUCUUUAAGCCUCAGGUGGGGUCAGGUCAUGCUCAGAGAGGCAGCAUGGGGUCACAUGGGGUCCGCUUAGACUGGAGCCCGUCAUGCUGGGAGCAGGCAGGCCCCAGCAGGCCGCCCUCGGGCUCUCUGGGGUCCGGCUGGUCUGCGCUCUUCCACGCUGAGCCCUGGCUGGGCACCAAGGGCGCGGGGCUGGGGCCAUGGGGUCAGGAAAGGGCUGCUUUUGAUGCUUCGUCCCAGUAGGGAAGGGUGGGCGUGGGCCUGAGGGAGCCCCAGAAAGUGGGGUCGGAGGUCUGGGGGGGCCCGAGUGAGAGGCAGAGCAGGGGGCGGGAGGGGGGCCGCCAGAAGUUCUAAAGGGCCAAAGGGCGGGCGGGCGUUGAGGACGGGCUGCCUGAGGGGCACGAGCGGGGUGGGAGGGCAGCCGGGGCCUGGUGGGAGGCUGCGGACUCCAUGCCCACAAGGCCGGUUCCCCGGAGCCCCCUGGCCGCAGGGAGUGGGUGCUGAGUCCCAGAGAAAAAGACUCCGCGCACCUCUCUGCUGUUCACUGUGGUUUAUUUGGUGGUCAGGGUUUAAGGUCUCUGCUACUAAGUGGAAGGAAGCUAAUAGAACGUAAUCAAAAUAGCGGUUUAA